ACUCAUACUUUAGCGAACUGUAGCUUACAGCUUGAUGCAAGAACAAUGGCUGCUUUAGCAAUUUUUUUAAUCAUUCUUUCAAGCUCUCUGUGUCUCUACCUCCUCUCAAAUCUCUUCAAGUUCCUUCACAGAGUUUGGUGGACACCCACGCGCAUUCAACAUCUUAUGACUUCACAGGGAAUCAGAGGCCCUUCCUACAGAUUCAUUUAUGGAAACGCCAAAGAAAUUACCAAAAUGAGAAAUUUAUCUAUGAGUAGACCCAUGAAGGAUCUCUCGCACGAUACGUAUUCCAGAAUUCAACCUCAUAUUCACUCGUGGACCAAGAUGUAUGGGACAAGUUUUCUGUAUUGGUUGGGUACUCGAGCUAUGUUGCUUAUUUCAGAGCCAGAGCUGGUAAGAGAGAUUCUAAAUAAUAGAGAUAAGUUCUAUCCAAAAGCAGAGGUGCAUGCUUUAAUUAGAAAGCUAAUAGGAGAUGGGGUCGCUGCAUCUGAAGGUGAAAAAUGGUCUAAGAUGAGGAAAUUGGCUAACUAUGCUUUCAACGUAGAGACCUUAAAGAACAUGAUUCCAGCAAUGAUUGCUAGCGCUCAGAUGGUGCUGGAAAGGUGGAAAAAUCAUCAAGGCAAAGAGAUUGAGGUGGUUGAAGAGUUUAAAUUACUGACAUCUGAUGCGAUUUCUAGGGCAGCUUUUGGAAGUAGUUAUGAAGAAGGAAAGAAGAUUUUUGACAUGUUAACAAAGUUAACCUUGUUAGUAGGCAGAAAUGCCUUCAAGAUUAAGCUACCUGGUAUCGGUCAGAUUUGGAAAACUGGAGAUGAAAUUGAAGCAGAGAAGCUUGAGAAACAAAUAGAAAACUCCAUUUUACAAAUAAUCAAAAAGAGAGAAGAUGAAGUGAUGACUGGAGAUGUAGAGAACUAUGGAGAUGAUUUUCUGGGAAUUCUACUAAAGGCUUAUCAUGAUGAUGAUCAAUCCAAGAGGAUUUCAUUAAAAGAUGUGAUUGAUGAAUGCAGGACACUAUAUGUCGCUGGACAAGAAACCACUAAUGUAUUGCUCUCAUGGGCCGUCCUACUUCUAGCAAUCCAUUCAGAAUGGCAAGAGGAAGCAAGAAAUGAGGUUUUCAAGAUUUUGGGUCACCAAUCUCCAAAUGCAGAUGGAAUUGCAAAGCUGAAGAUAAUGGGAAUGAUCAUCAAUGAAACACUAAGAUUAUAUCCUCCUGUGACUGGAUUUGUAAGAAAAGUAGACAGAAAAGUUCGGUUGGGGAAGCUCACUCUGCCUGCUGAUGUAAACCUGCAAAUCUCAACUCUUUUAGUCCACCAUGAUCCUCUUACUUGGGGUGAAGAUGUUCAUCUUUUUAAACCAGAAAGAUUCUCAGAAGGACUUGCUAAAGCUACAAACAACAAUAAGGCUGCAUAUUUACCCUUUGGCCUGGGUCCUCGAACUUGUAUAGGCUUCAACUUUGCAAUUACUGAAGCUAAGAUAGCUCUGUCAAUGAUUCUACAGCGCUACGCCAUCACUCAUUCCCCCACCUAUGUUCACUCACCAGUUCAGAAUCUUACAAUUCGCCCACGACAUGGAAUUCAGGUGGUGCUUAAUCCAUUGCAAAAUUAAGGUUUAGAGAGUUUCCAGUAAAAUAAGCAUUUGCAAAGUGCUCCAAUAGGUUUAACCAUGAUUUGGUAAUGUAUUAAAAGAAGUUGCUCUUACAUUGAUGGUCAACUUCCAGUCAUCUGGGGUAUAUAUGCAAACAGAUGAAUGCCUCUUUUACUUCAUGUUCUGCAGCAAAUUACCUGGGCCUUAUGAGAAAUUAAGAAUGGCAUUGGGCAUCUUGCCUUUGGGAACAUCAAGGGCUAAGGCUGGCAUUUUAUAUAGUAGUGGCAAUUAUGUUGGAAUGA